GCCGCACUCGCCGGAGCGCACGGAGUGUUGUAAGCGGUCGAAAAGAGAGACAUGCACCGGCGUGGAAAGGUUGGCAAGUGGAUUCGGAGCCAGCGAGCGGGCUGGUGAGCGGGUCUGAUCUCCCCGCGGCACUUUUUUUGCGUCCGAGCGGCGGCAAACAAAGAGGAGACGGACAGUACAUUUACGCAGCGGCCACGCAGCAUGCCCGAGUUGGACUAGAGGCUACCCUGCCGGAGCGCAACACGCACGCGGAACGGCGCUGAGAGCCGGGGGGAAUAUUUACAAUAGAAACUCAAUUCCUUUGCGAGGAAGAAUAGCAGGGGGCGGAGGAGGGAGAGAUAACACUGGAAUGAAGUGGAGCUCGGGAUCCCCAGCGUGCUGCGGAGUUGUGACUGAUGGAUGAGUGUGGUCAUCUGUAGGCUACAUUCAGCGGCAGGUACAGACACCGUCAGGGGAGCGUUGACAAAGACGCGGCGCAGCGCUUCAUCGGCAGCCGCAUCGCCGAAACUGAGUCCCUGGAAACCGUGCGAUCUGCGGGGUCCGUUUGAUCGCACGUCAGAUCGCAUCGUCGAGUUGUCUCCGCAGAGUAAGAAGGUCGCGAGUGGCUGAUUUUGUGUGAGUGUGUGCGUGCGUGUGUGUGUCUCAGCCACAGGUCAACCAGGACACUCGGGGGCUGCUCUCCUCCCAGAUCCUAUCGAAGAACCGGGGGCUUGUUCGUGCGGACAGUUCAGUCAAGGACACGGGGGCCUGGAGCAGAUCUUAAGAAGUCGGACAGAAGGACAUGUAUCUGACAUCGACCUCACAUGCUCCCGACUGAUCGUAGCUCACCUUCCCACCGGGCGAACCACGCAUAAAGGCUGCCAGGCGCACCGUCCGACGCUCUGAGUUAUCGGCUCACUGUCUGUACGUCUACCAGAAUGGCGGGACUCGCUUGUUGGAAGUACUAUCUCUGGAUCUUUAUUUUAAUGUGCAGGUCGGCGUUACCUUCGGCGAAGUCGCUGGAGACUAUCAUUUGGAGCUCGCAGAAUUCCAAGUUUCUGGCCGGAAAGGGCCUGGUGAUCUACCCAGAUAUUGGGGACAAGCUGGACAUCAUCUGUCCCAAAGCGGACCAAGGCAGAGAGUAUGAGUACUACAAGCUGUAUCUGGUGAAGAGGGAGCAGGCGGAGAGCUGCAGCACGGUCCUCGAUCCUAAUGUCCUGGUCAACUGCAACAAGCCGGAGAAGGACAUCAAGUUCACCAUCAAAUUCCAGGAGUUCAGCCCCAACUACAUGGGCCUGGAGUUCAAGAGGAAUGUGAACUACUACAUCACCUCAACCUCCAACGGUACAGUGGAGGGCCUGGAGAACCGGGAGGGAGGCGUGUGCAAGAGCCGAGCCAUGAAAGUCAUCAUGAAAGUCGGGCAAGUCCCGAACGCAGCGAACCCUGUGGCGCCGGAGGCUCCAGAAGACAACGCCAUACCGGAGUCCAGUCCCAGUCCGCCUGAUCAGGGUCGCAUUGGACCAGAGAUGCCAGGAAACCCUGACCACAUGAAUCAGGACCAGUCUGGUUCCUCCGCAAACUCGGACGGCAUCCUGGGCUCCAAAGUGGCCGUGUUCUCCGCCAUCGGGGCCGGCUGCAUCAUCUUCCUCCUGCUCAUCCUCCUCCUCGUCAUCCUGCUCAUCAAGAUGCGCAAGCGCGCCAGGAAAAACGCCCACUCGCAGCCCCGCCCCUCGGCACUGUCACUCAGCACGCUGUCCAAUCCCAAGAUGCCCGGGGGCACGGCUGGCACGGAGCCCAGUGACAUCAUCAUUCCGCUGCGGACAGAGAACAACUACUGCCCUCACUACGAGAAGGUGAGCGGCGACUAUGGCCACCCCGUCUACAUUGUCCAGGAGAUGCCCCCGCAGAGCCCUGCCAACAUCUACUACAAAGUCUGACACGCUCCGCACGGCCGGCGACGCAGGAGAGAGGACGAGAGGAGCGCUUGAUUUACGUUCUUGGGAAGAACACUUUCCUUUGCAUUUUGGGGACUUGAAGCUUCUUCGAGCCCGUGUUAUUUCUACCACCUGCUGCACAAAUCUGGAGAGACACGCACUGACCGGUGACCAGCGGGGUCGUGAGCUGACCGAUGAGAGAGGUUUAUUCUGUUUGUUUGGGUUGUUUGAAAACCCCACCCCCCACACCCACCUCCCACCUUCCACAUCCCCCUGCUGUGCCCCGACAGGGGGGGGGGUGGGGCUGGAGCGAGCCCACUGAUGGAACUCUAGCUUCCUGGUUGGCUGUCCCCUUUAACGGGCAGGAUAUAACUUAUCUCAGUUCCCUGAAGUACAGUCUGUGCUACACCCAAUUAAACACACCAUCCGAGCACACUAGCCAGGAACAGGCAGACACAGGCCCCGGAUGCCACUCAGCCUGCAGUUUGUGCGCGAGCAUACAGCGUGUGUGCGUGUGUGUGUCUGCGUGCAUGUGCGCGUGUGUGUUAGUCAGGGCUCCGUGCUGGGCCAGGAAACUCUCCAGAUAGCUCAGGUAUCAGACACAGUGUGUGAAAUAAUGUGUUCCUCUCCCUUCGCACCUCUGAUGUUUGCCUUACUAUUUUUGAUGGAGGAUUUCCUCGAACCCUGAUUCAGUUCACAAAGCAGUUGUAUUUUGUUAGACUUUUCCUACAAGUGCACAAUGUAUAGAGUUGAAUAGAUCAUCAUUAUUGCUCCAUCUUCUCACCACCCGUCAUCCAUUACGCUCGUUUUUUUUGUUUCUUCCUGCAAGUACCUUGACCUGGACUGUUGAUAUCGAGGUGUGUAUGUGUGUGUGUGUGUGUUUGUUUCUGAGAAUACUCCCUUCUCCGCUGGUCUGAUAUGGCUUUACCAUUACUCUGGUAUUUAUGACCUACUUGUGUGUAUUUGAGGGCGUGUCCUCUGUGACUGUGUGCGUUUUGGGCAUGUCCAGGCUAGUCUUGUAUCUGGGCAGACGUACUGGCUUAGGGGCAGAACACCAAGAUACUGUAUCAUUAGCUUCAAACACAAGACAGACAGACAGACUGUCGCGCCGACAGACCGACAAGGCCAAGAUCUUACAAAACCCUUCCAGUGCUCCAGCUGGCACGAACUGAACCAUUUGUGUGUCUGAUGAGCUUUCGGGGAGAUUUUUUUUUUUUUAAGACAGCAGGCAGGUUGAUUUGUUUGUUCUCGCUUCUGGUGCUACGGUGUAAGCAUCAAACAGUUAGUUUGGUGCCCGCUGCCCGGGCGAUGUGGGCGUGGGUUGGACGGUCGGCGCUGAUUGGCCGGCCUACAUAGGUAGGAUGCCCUAUAUAUAAGUUGGAUGGCGAGCUACUGCUGAACAUUGGGAUACAGUAUUGUCAGAUGCCAAUUGGCUGCCAUCUGUAGAUGAGUCAGUGGAGCGAGCAGUCAGUGGCGUCGCCAGCGUGUGACUAAUCUAUGUGCCAUCUCUGUGCCCACACUCACCAGCCGGAGGAGAGGGAGCGAGAGCGGCGGAUAAAGGAGAAAAUGUUCCUGUGACUUGGCUUUAACCUGAGAGGAAGAUGGCGGUGUGGA